CAGGGGAAGCCUUCGUGCAGUUUGCCUCAAAGGAGAUAGCAGAAAAGGCUCUGGGGAAACACAAGGAAAGAAUAGGGCACAGGUGGGGCCGGCAAGACUGGGCUGGGUGCUAAUGCUAUCUCUAAAUGUGGGGUGGGGGGGUCAUGCAUCUUUCUGCUCUGGAAAAAGAUGGUACAUAGAGAUAUUCAAAAGCAGUCAAAAUGAAAUGCGUGCAUACUACGAAGUACCCCGGAGGAUGAUGGGACAGAGGCCUAGUCCAUAUGACAGACCCAUGAUGGGACGCGGGGGCUUCUUUGGGCCCGGGCCUGGAAGGGGAGGUGCUGUCCUGGACCAGAUGCGCAGAGGCGAUUACAGCAGCGGAUAUGGUGGGUUUGAAGACUACAAUGGCUUUAACAACAACUGCUUUGGUAACGGCAUGUUUGAAGAGCACGUGCGUGAUGAUAGAGGAAGAGGAAGAAUGGGGGGUCAUAGCUACAGCAGCGACUCAAACUCAGGCUUUCACAGCGGUCAUUUUGUGCACAUGAGAGGCCUACCGUUCCGUGCUACAGAGGCGGAUAUCGCACAUUUCUUUGCCCCUUUAAUUCCUGUGAGGGUGCACAUUGAUGUAGGACCUAAUGGAAAGUCUACAGGAGAGGCAGACGUUGAGUUCGGAUCUCACGAAGAUGCUGUAUCUGCCAUGUCAAAAGACAAGAAUCAUAUGCAGCAUCGUUACAUUGAGCUUUUCCUGAAUUCAACUUCAAGUGGGCCGUCCGAAAUGGGCCGUGGAGGAGGUUUCUAUGGCAACUCUGGUGGUAUGGGCUCUCGAGGAAGUGGACUAAGGGGGAUGUAUUGAGGAUGCUUACAAAUCAUGCACUUUUCAACCCAAAGUUGGAACUUCCAGCUUGGAAGGUCUUUUUAUAUGAAUAUGUUUUCACAUGUUCCUAUGAAAUAUGCCCAAACUAUUUUCCAGGCUUGAAGAAAAUUAA